UGGCGCCCGCCCAGUGCUGCAGACAAGAGCUAAAGCAAGUGUUGACCGCGUGGUAAGGAGUCAUCACAGAAACGAUAACUCUCGUCCUUAGGGUGCGUAUGCAGAAGCUUACUGUAAACGCUGCACCGUGCAAAACUUUGCAUACAUCUUUUGUUGCUUGAUCCAAACAAGCUAGCGGAAGCUGUGUUUUACAAGUUGGACGUCGAGGCAGGCAAAGCAGUUUGAGCAGAAAGAUGCACAACAUGGGCAAGAAGCAGAAUACCAAGGGUAAGAAGGACGCACAGGAGACUCAGGAGGAACCUGAGGAAUUUGUUGUGGAAAAAGUACUCGACCAACGUAUUGUCAAUGGCAAAGUAGAGUUCUUCCUGAAGUGGAAAGGAUUUACAGAUGCAGACAAUACCUGGGAGCCGGAGGAGAACCUGGACUGUCCAGAGCUGAUAUCAGGCUUUUUGGAAGCGCAGAAGAACGUUAAGGAGAAGCCUGCACCCGUAAAGAGGAAGGCAUCAACAGAUGAGCCUGAAACAGAAGCCAAGAAGAAGGAUGUGCCGGAGAAACCACGUGGCUUUGCAAGGAACCUCGAACCAGAACGCAUCAUUGGCGCGACUGACAGUAGUGGGGAGUUGAUGUUCUUGAUGAAAUGGAAAGACUCAGAUGAAGCAGACUUGGUCCCGGCGCGUGAGGCCAACACUCGUUGCCCUCAGGUGGUAAUUUCUUUCUAUGAGGAGAGACUGACGUGGCACGCCUGUCCGGAGGAUGAAGCUCAGUAGUUCUUCCUCUGGUCUCUGCAGUUCCAUGGACCAACUUCGCCCCUUUCCUCAGGAUGGAAUUUUCUCCUCUGGCUUGCCUUUUAGUUUUAGUAAACUUAGUUAUUCUCUUGGAGAUGUUUCAACACUCGCAAUGUGUGCAGCAGUCAAGGAGAGUUAUUUUGUACAUACGAGCUGGAUGGAUUGUAAAGAGAGCAGGUGAUGGUGUUGUCAUGUAUUCUUCUUCCAGCAUCAUUACAAUUUGAUGUGAAGGAAGUUUAGUUAAACCAAACUUUUAAAUAGAAGCCACCAAUGCCCAUAUUAAUAAACAGUCAAAAUGUUGUGUAUUCUAAAUUGCUUUUUGGUCCGUCAACUGUUGGCCACCUUUUUGUCUUUAAGACUUUUUGAUCGUUGUUUUUUUUCCACACUUCUGCUCUGAACCUGCUUUUUGUAUACUGGGCCUGUAAAUAUAAUUUGAUGUUCUAAUAAAGGUUUUAUGUGACCAAAUUCAACUGGAAGUAACUUAAGAAUUUUAGAAGCAAAACAUAGUCAUAGUUUACUCUAGGUGAAAUGUUGGUGUGAUGUAUACAACUUAACUUAGUUUUCGUACACAGCAAUUGUUGAAAGUUGAGACAUUUUGAAAAUAAGAGUUUGCAUAUUGAAAUUGUUAAGAAAGGGUUUUUGAAACUUGAACAUUAAAUGUAUUUUACUAUU